UCUAUGGGUGUGAUGUGCAGAUAUAAGUGCCGCUGAUACAGUGUCACUUCAUCCUCUGUUCAGGACUCAGGCUGGUUUCAGGAGAACAGACUUCUGUGUGGCCAGAAUGUUUUCCCUCUCACUCGUUGUCCUGCUAUGUGCCUGUUGCCUGGCCAAAUCUAUGGAGGUGAAGUACUCCUACUCUAACGCUGUUGGAGGAGGCAGCGGCACUUCGUUCUCCACAGAGGGAGCAGGAAGGAUCACAGCAGUCAGGGUCUGGGAGAUUACUGGUGCUUACAUUACAGGUAUUCAGCUGAAGAAUAGCAGCCACUGGUCACCUUUAGUCGGCCGCAAAUUUGGGACAGCGCUUGAGAUGAACCUGUUUGAUGGAGAGACCAUUUCUCAGAUCUCUGGUAAAUAUCACAGCAACUACAUAUACCAGGUGAUAUUUGGGACCUCAAGAGGACGGUUCCUGUUUGCCGGCCAGCCAAUACAGAGGUCCUUCAACUUCUACCCACAACACCCAAAGGCAGAGCUCAAGAUGCUGAGUGGCCGUUAUAAUGGAAAUGGCAUUACUUCACUGGCAGCUCACUGGGGAGCUGUUUCCAGCAACCGCACUGGUUCGAAAAAACAAUAAAUGACAAACAACAACACUGUUUGAUAUUCAACCUGUGCAAUGAAGUAUACAAGACAUACUAGCAUGAACACUAUAAUUACUGGUUUUAAUGCUUUAAAUGAAGAGGCAUCAGUUAAAAGCAGGAGGUUGUGUAUUGCACUUUUAAUCAAAAUUACACAUAUUCUGAGGAAUUGUAAAGACAACAAGAGAUACAACAAAUGAUCAUAUGAUUUGUAUCCAUGCAUAUAUUUAAUGGUUGGAGGAGAAAUGUGUAUAAUGUUCAAUGUGAGCCAGUAAAGUUGGCUGCAUGUGGCAUGUGUUUUGGGAAAUGCACAUUGUUGAUUGUUGUUGUUGUUGUUGUUGUUUUGCUCUUGGGACCUUGUAGCAAUUAUAGAAAGGGCAGUCAACGACAAAAUAAAAGGAUUUGGUAAAACACUAGAA